AUGAAUUGUCCAACCCGCGUAUUAACGCGAAGCGCACAAGCUCUUCGCGCCGCGGCGCACCACCACCAGCGUGCGCUGUACUCAAAUGUCCGCUUCACGGGGCCUCCUCGUCGGCGCGGGGGCAAGCUGAUUGGCUUCGCUGCCGUAUUCGGCACUGCAGCCGCUGGCGCAUAUUACUACCCGCGCUUUGUAGCUGAACGUGACUCUGAAGAGAAAGUACGACCCAAGGCCGAGUUGGAAUUCGAACAAGCCCGACCGACAGCCGCAUCCGCGGAGGAGUAUCGCGACCUCCUCAGCUCCCAGCAUGUCCAGAUCAAGAGGAGUCUCGAGCACCCCGGAGUCUACGCGUGGGGAUCCAACGCCGGCAAAGUCAUCGACCCGGAAUCUAACGAGAAAUACAUCAAGCUCCCCCGACGCAUCGCAUACUUUAACGACCUGCUGCUUCGCGACCUGAAGCUCACGUCCGAGUUUGGCGCCGCCGUGACGGAGGAUGGCGACUUGGUCCAGUGGGGCGCGGGCUUCUCGCAGACCGACCCCAAGCCCAGCGUCACGCUCCGCGGCAAAGACCUGGCCAAGAUCGAGGUGUCGGCCGACCGAAUCAUUGCGCUGUCGCGAGGUGGUAACGUGUACUCCGUACCGGCGUCGCGAAACGAUGUCGAAGGGGGCGUCAAGCUGGACGAGCGAAAGAGCGGCUGGUCACUUUGGAGCCCUUCUGGGAAAGCAGCGGUCAACUUCCGGGACCUCACCCCGCCCGGCCUAGGCUGGGGCGAACAUGUCACGGAUGUAAAAAGCGGCCUUGAACAUGCCCUCAUCCUGACAUCCAAGGGUCGUGUUUUUGCCGUGGCUUCAUCGGCAUCUUCGUACCCCUCCAAAGGGCAGAUGGGAAUCCCCGGCCUGUCCUGGGACACGCGCCCGGCCGGAGCGUACGACCAGCCGCAGGAGAUCAACGAGCUCUCUGGAUUUCGGAUCGCGCAAAUCGCCGCCGGAGACUACCACUCCGUAGUUCUUGACAAGGCGGGUCGCAUUUUUGCGUGGGGUGACAAUGCAUUCGGCCAGCUGGGGUUUGAUUCAGAGGGGGUGCCCGUCAACCACGUCCCCAACAUGGUGGCAACUAACCAGCUAUAUGCUAAAAGCGGUCUGGUUGCGAAUGUGACCUCGAUCGCGGCGGGCGGCGUUAAUACAUUUUUCACAGUUGAUGCCAAACCACCAAGCACGAAGCAGUUUGGGAAUGCCACGCCGUCCAAGGCAAUGCCGCGCGCCACGUCGGAUCUAUGGGCAGCUGGCCAGGGCACGUACGGCACGUUGGGCACCGGACGAUGGACCCAUGUUUCGACGGCACCCACAAAGGUCAAGGGGUUGUCGGGCCUGUACGAGUUUGACGAGGGCAGGAACGAGAUGCGGCCCAUCAAAGUCAAAGGACUGGAGAUUGGAACGACACACUGCUCGGCCGUGAUGGACAACGUGACGAGCAGCAACGCCGCCAGCAAGAAGUCGGCGAACGAGACGGACUGGGGCUCGGAUGUACUGUUUUGGGGCGGCAACGAGCAUUACCAGCUGGGCACCGGCAAGCGGACGAAUAUGAACUCUCCAGUCUAUAUCGGGCCCCUGGAGGCUGGCGAUGCCGACGCGCAAACGGGCAGGAAAGGCGAGGUGCACCGCAUGUGUCUCACGCCAAAACAGACUGCUCGUCUAGGUGUCGAUGGCAAGGGGAGAAAGGCGACACUCGAGCAAAGGGUGGUCUGUGGUAGAUAUGUGAGUGGCGUGUAUUCGGCAGUCUAA